AUCCGUUGUCAUAAUCAUCCGCCACAGCCGGAACAAAACACAACUUUCGAAACCGAGAGACCGCGCUUUGAGGGACAAUUUUGAAACGGACAGCCCUUACCUCGUACUAUGACCGCUCUGAGGAAGUUGACCUUCGCUGCAUCGUGGACGUCGUCCGGACGAUGGUGUCCCGCACCAGCAGCAGCAGCAGCAGCAGCCGUGUUCCGGUGCUACAGUGCCGCAGCCGCUGGAGGAUCCGGUGAUGCCAAGUUCCCGAAGAACGUGAUCGAACAUCUGAACACCUCCCAAGAGCAGCAAACCAAUGGGGUUGUGUACGAUAAGAAACCGUUCCGGAUGGAGCUGGAAGAAGGAAAACGAUACUCGUGGUGCUUGUGUGGCCGCUCGAAGGCACAGCCACUGUGCGACGGAACGCACAAGCUCGUGGCGUACAAAAUCACACAGCGACCGGUCCGGUUUCAAGUCGAGAAGAAUGGCACGUACUGGCUGUGUAACUGUAAGCAAACGAAACGCCGACCAUUCUGCGAUGGAACGCAUAAAUGUGAGGAGGUCCAGAAAACGUCCGGAAAGUAGGAGAGGAACCCGUCUCUCACUCCGCUGGUCAUCAAAUAAAGGACAUACCUUCGCGUCCUGUGAGGGAGUUCAAUCAGCGCUAAAAAUGUAGUAAAUAAAUGAAAGAAUGGUAACCGUUAUCCUGUUAGCCUCUGUUAAAGAUAGUUUGCCAAACGGACGAAGACACCAAGGAAUACGCACAUGAGUCUCAUAUUAAAAUUAUUUUGCUUUUAUUUAGUUUGCAUGAAAAAAAAACAAGAUCAACAUCCUGCACAUGCCUGUGUCAUCGAGAGUAUUGAGUAAAUGCCAGGCACACGCCAUGAGUGCCUAAAACCGCACUUUUGAAUCAGUUUUGUUGCAGUGCUUUUCUCAUUUUCUUUGCCAUUCAUUUUAUAACCGCGGUACAAAGAAGAGCGAUGACAAAACACGGGAAAGAAAGUUAACCAAAAGUGUCGGAAUAUGUAUCGAGAUUGCUUCCCCAUUCCAUGGCCAUUUUAUGUGAUUAUCAUAAAUGAGCAUUUAACGGAAUUUUGAAUACUCUGUGGGAGCGAUGCACAAGGUGAGUUCUGCUGUUCCAGUUAGUGGGUGUGGGGACCUCAUUAAAUGCGUACAUCCUUCCUUCCUUCCUUCCUUCCUUGACUAUAUGGGUUGUUGGCGACCGUCUGUUCUGGGUUUCGUUUUUCACACUUGGCUUGGCCUUUGCUGCUUGGCAAAUGGAUAUGCUUUCCUAUGCCAGCCGGCCUGUCUUUCGCAUGUUCAUGAACGUAAAAUAUCAACGAUUACUUAUCGCAACACGGUGUACGGUCAGCGGCGGCGGUAGCAGCAGCAGCAGUACAAAGGUGGUACACACAAUGGUCUAUUUAGUUUUCAGCAUGGUAUAGUGUUAUUUCUCAUUAAUGGAUUUCCUCUCCGUGAGCUUCUUCCUUCUUUUCCUCUUUCUCUUCUCCCUUUGUUAGCUAUAACAGCAGCUUUUGAGCUAAAUAUAUCUAUGCAGUAGUAAAAGAUUUCUAUGACAUCAAUCAUCGAUCUCUGUCCCACCCAGCACACGUUACUGAUUUCGUUAGCGCGCAAUAGCCACCUCUCGCGUCUUCGUCCUGCAUGCUAAUGCAACCGACAGUCAACUAUCUUUCCCUCUGUCCAUCAUUCUUGGUUUAUGUGCUCACUAGCUGUUAAAGAUAUUCCAAGCAAAUACAUCCAAAAAGUCUUUAGAUAGGCAUGUAACGAUUGUUUUUUU